CGUCAGAAGAAGGGACGGAGAACAGCUGAUAGUCUCCCGGUCAUUUCUCAGCAGGGAACUAAAGACACCCAGACAGACUACACUCUGUCGAUUUCACGGGAAUAAAGCAAAACAGCUUCUAAUCCCUGGUUCAAGUCAUCAUUCCACUGACAACCUAGAUUCAGUAAAGCAGUCAUGGGAAAGGGUUUCAGAGGAACAGUCAAGGAUUUUCCUGAUUUCGAUGCAAACGGUGACGCCGAGGCACUUUACAAUGCCAUGAAAGGCAUUGGCUCUGACAAGGAAGCCAUUUUGGACCUGAUCGCGUCUAGAAGCAACGCUCAACGCCAGGAGAUUUGCGCUGCCUACAAAUCUCUGUAUGGAAAGGACUUGAUUGAAGAUCUAAAGUAUGAAUUGACCGGCAACUUUGAGCGUGUUAUCGUGGGUUUAAUGAGACCUCCAGCUUACUACGAUGCCAAAUCAAUUAAGGACGCUGUCAAGGGAGCUGGAACAAAUGAGAGAUGUUUAAUUGAGAUUCUAGCUUCAAGAACCAGCCGGCAAAUACACAACCUUGUGGAGGCUUACAAAGAUGCAUACGGCCAAGAUAUUGAAGAGGAUAUCAUAAGUGACACUUCGGGACAUUUUAAGAAGAUGCUGGUUGUUUUACUCCAGGGGACCAGAGAGGAUGAUGAUGUGGUGAGUGAAGAUCUUGUGGCGCAAGAUGCACAGGAUCUGUACGACGCGGGGGAGGCGCAGUGGGGAACAGACGAGGCCAAAUUCAUCAUGCUGUUGGGAAAUCGCAGCGUCACCCAUCUGCAGCUUGUGUUUGAUGAGUAUCAGAGGAUUGCUGAGAAAUCCAUAGAGGACAGCAUUAAGAGUGAGCUCUCUGGGGACUUUGAGAGAUUGAUGCUGGCAGUUGUUCAGUGUAUCAGGAGUGUUCCAAUGUUCUUUGCCAAACGACUGUACAAAUCCAUGAAGGGUCUGGGCACAGAUGAUGGCACUUUAAUUCGCAUCAUGAUCUCUCGCUCUGAGAUUGACAUGCUGGACAUCAGGGAGUGUUUCCGGCUACGUUACGAGAAGUCCCUGUACAAUAUGAUUCAGGAUGACACAUCAGGCGAGUACAAGAGGACUCUACUCAAGCUGUGUGGUGGAGAUGAUGAUUUAGCCGGUGAAUUCUUCCCCGAGGCCGCGCAGCUAGCUUACAAAAUGUGGGAGAUCAGCGCAAUGACCAAAGUUCAGUUAAGGGGAACUGUGCGCCCUGCUGGAGGUUUUGACCCUGCUAGCGAUGCUCAAGCCCUCAGGAAAGCAAUGAAAGGCUUUGGCACGGAUGAGGAUGCUAUCAUCGACAUCGUGGUCCAGAGGAGCAAUGCACAGAGACAGGAAAUUAGACAAGCCUUCAAAUCCUUACUGGGAAGGAAUCUUAUGGCAGAUCUGAAGUCUGAACUUUCCAAGAACCUGUGCAGGCUCAUUUUGGGGUUGAUGAUGACUCCUCCUGAGUUCGAUGCCAAAAUGAUGAAAAAAGCCAUGGAGGGAGCUGGAACAGAUGAACAUGCUUUAAUUGAGAUUCUGGUCACGAGAAGCAACCAGGAGAUUCAUGCUAUGUGUGCAGCUUAUGAAGAAGAAUAUAAGAAAAGCCUGGAGGACGCUAUUCAGUCAGAUACCUCAGGACGCUUCUGCCGGAUCCUUGUCUCUCUAGUGCAGGGGAAUCGUGAGGAAGGUCCAGCAGACAUGGACAGAGCGAAGGCAGAUGCUCAGGAACUUGCGAAUGCAUGCAAUGAUGACUCGAGUGAAAUGGAGGACAAGUUCAUGAGUAUUCUGUGCACAAGGAGUUUCCCCCAUCUGAGAAGAGUGUUCCAGGAGUUUGUCAAGUGCUCCAACAAGGACAUUGAGCAGAUCAUUAAGAAAGAGAUGUCGGGAGAUGUUAAAAAUGCUAUGUUUGCCAUAGUGCGAAGUGUGAAGAACCAGCCUGCAUACUUUGCAGACCGUCUAUACAAAGCCAUGAAGGGCCUGGGCACGGAUGACCGGGCGCUCAUCCGCAUCAUGGUCUCCCGCUCAGAGGUCGACCUUUUCAAUAUUCGCAAGGAGUUCAAAGACACACAUGAUGCCUCCCUCCAUGAAUUCAUCCAGGUAGAAGCGUUUGUCGGUGACACCUCAGGAGACUAUCGUAAAACCCUCUUAAUGCUGUGUGGAGGGGAAGACUGAGGCUGUGACUGGAUGUGUUAUGAAAGCCGACAUGCUGUGUAGCCCUCUGGAGGCGACGACCCCAGUGCUGUUAAAGGCCCUGCUGCUGCUGCCGCUGCCAGUCUUUCACCAAAGCUAAUUACACAUGCACUCUUCAGCAAAAGCUAAACUAUCACGCCGUGUCCAGUGUCCUGUCCAUAUGUUUCAUUUUUUUAA